UUUAAAUAGAAAGGCAAACCCACUGAUCCUAUACGAAGAAAAACUACGACCCAUGACAAAGUCUAAUUAUUAAACUUAUUAGGUCCUUCCAAUCCCAUAUAUCUUGAAAAAGCAAAUAAAUGCACACCAAAUAAAAGUUUGGGUCUUAGGAAGCCAAAAUCCAUUAUACACUGCGCAUCGUACAAUUUUGCCAACGCUAAAUUGACGUGGGAAGACUGUCGUCUGGAGCCGCUUCUCUUCGGCAUUUUCCGGGCUCCUCCGUUAGCACUUCGUUCAUUUCCGGUCAGCGUCGCCGUCUGCCUUCUCGUCCUUCUCCAAUCUCCGUGUUGUUGUUCCCGGUGACGCGGCGGAGGUGUAGCCUGACGCGGGCUCUUACGUGUCGGCCAGAAUAAAAGUGGAGCUCCAAAGGCCCGGGAGUGACAAAAGAAGUCAGUAUCGCCAAUGAAGAUGGAGUCAGCAACAGAGGCUCAGCAGGCGACGGACACUGCUGUAAAUGAGGCAGAGAGCCAGCAGAUAACUCCAGCACAGAUCGCCACUUUGGCACAGGUAUCCAUGACCACAGGACAUGGCUCAGCAACAGGUCCUACUGUAACACUUGUACAGCUUCCCAAUGGACAGACGGUUCAGGUCCAUGGAGUCAUCCAAGCUGCACAGCCGUCUGUCAUCCAGUCCCCACAGGUCCAGGCUGUACAGAUCUCCACCAUAACAGAGAGUGAAGAUUCACAGGAAUCAGUCGACAGUGUAACUGAUUCCCAGAAACGCAGAGAGAUUCUGUCACGGCGUCCUUCAUACAGGAAAAUCUUGAACGACCUCUCAUCUGAUGCGCCUGCUGUUCCUCGCAUUGAGGAAGAAAAGGCAGAGGAGGACUCGUCUGCUGCUGCAGCCACACCCGCCAUCACCACUGUUACUGUCCCCACACCCAUUUAUCAGACCAGCAGUGGACAGUACAGUGGGGCUAUUCAGUUGGCCAAUAAUGGUACAGAUGGAGUCCAGGGCCUUCAGACUCUAACAAUGACCAAUGCGGCAGCAGCUGCCCAGCCUGGAGCUACCAUACUCCAGUACGCCCAGACGAGCGACGGCCAGCAGAUACUGGUUCCCAGUAACCAGGUGGUGGUCCAAGCUGCCUCGGGGGAUGUACAGGCCUAUCAGAUUCGAGCUGCUCCUGCCAGCACCAUCGCCCCUGGUGUGGUCAUGGCCUCCUCUCCUGCCCUCCCAACACAGGGCGCCACAGAGGAGGUCACCAGAAAAAGGGAGGUCCGUCUCAUGAAGAACAGAGAAGCAGCCCGUGAGUGUCGCAGAAAGAAGAAAGAGUAUGUUAAGUGUCUGGAGAACAGAGUGGCCGUUCUGGAAAACCAAAACAAGACACUAAUUGAAGAACUGAAAGCCCUCAAAGACCUGUAUUGUCAUAAAUCUGAGUAGUUCCUUUUCUGAGCUGGUCCAAGUAGCAUUUCACUUCUUUUUCCAUACUUUGACUGUUUGAUUCUUCUUGCCUGACUUUCUUCUUGCCCGUGGCUGACCUUCAUUAGAUUAUGUCACCCAAUAUUACCACCUUUUCUUCAUUAUGCUGUCAUAACAGUACAUUUCUAAACACAAGUAGUUCGCUGACACCCAGACGUGAAAGCAACCAUUGGAAAAGUGCCAACUGAAACUUGGAAUUAUGUUAUGUUAUGGUUCUGCAUUCAGCAGACGCUUUUAUCCAAAGCGACUUACAAUGCAGACGGAACAUUACAGUUAGCCUCAACCAAAAAAUAAGCUUCGUAAAAGGAAAUCACUAGUCAGACUGUCACCACGGAGGCAACACUGGUGACAGUGUAAAGAUAGUGGGAGGUACAGAAAGAUUGGUAGAGAGGGUGGGGAGGUACAGGCUAAGAGUUAGGGUAGGAAAUGCUCUCUGAAGAGCUGGGCCUUCAAGAGUUUCUUGAAGAUACACAGGGAUGCCCCUAUUCUUGUGGAGGUCUAAAACAAUACUGAUAGAUCCAUAAGUUGAUAGGGAAUGAUGCUGAAAGCAUGCUUUACAAGCCUUUGUUUUCAAAGCCUUCAUCUUUUUGUCAAAGUUCUGUUAGCUUGAUCACUCACAGUUUCAGUUAAGAUUCAUCACUGGAAAAGAAAGUCCACAAAUGCCAAGGAGAUCUUUUCAUCUGAUCUACUUUCAACAUCUUAAACAACCUAUGUGCGGUUUCUCAUAGUAGAGAGCGAGCUAAACAGCCAGUCCAGAUCUUUGAUUAUUACUUUAGCUGAAACUUGCUAUCAGUGCUUCUGCUUAGAUGUGAAGUGGUUUUGGUCACAUUAAGGUCACAUUAAAGAUGGCUACUGUUCAUUCAGGGUAACCACACUCCUUCAGUAAAGACCUUAAGUUUACGAUAUAAGCAAUAAUAUUCAAAGAGAACAUCAUGAGGGUUCUGUGUCUACGGGGAGUUUUACCUUCAGUUAAACUGGACAAACACAUUUCUAGUUGUCGUAAUGUGAUUUUGUAAAGAUGGCGAAUGUUUUUUGCUGCCAUGUCACUGCUUCGAAAUGCUUCUAACUUAAUUUGCUUGCCAAAAUUAUGACAAUAACCCUUGCUUGUACAAAACACAUAAGUUACCUUUGAUAUUAACACAAAUUACCACGUUUAAAUUGUGAUACUUUUUUACAUUUUUAAUCGGUAUGCAUCUGUUACAUUUUAUGGUACAUUUCAUUGUAUGUUCAGAAAAUAUUCAACAUUGAUAUUUAAUAAUACAGAUAGCAAGACCUCUCUAUAACAGCGAAGCUCAGCCAGCAGCAGUUAAAAACCUUAAAUGACCCACCAUCUACAAAGCAUUCUCAUUAAUCGGAUACAAGCUGUUUACAUCUGUGCUUUUAAUGAAGCUACCAACUGCCAAUCAUGUUAGUUUGGAGCUAUGUGUUGAAUGUCGUACUUGUAAAAAUGGCCUAGGAAUCCACUUUUCUGUUCAGUCUCAUUGUUCUGUUUCUUUACAAGGUUGAUGGAAUUUGAUUACAUUGACAAGCUGUUACCCAGAAUUGAUCUUAACAACCUGCAGUCGGUUGUUUUAGUUUUGGCCAUAUUCACGUUUAGGCAAGGAAACAUUUCUGUUCUCUAGCAGUAACGAGAAAAACCUACACCGUAAGGGAGAGAAAAUUGUUUAUUUUGAAAUCAGUUGCAUAUGAAAGGGUAAACAAAACAUUGCAGAACUACUAAAUUGUUUAAAUUUGAUCAACUUCCUGCUACUAUUAUGGAUUCAAGCAGUUUCUGAAGGUUGUUUGAGGUGGAAAUGACUUCAAUGCCGUUUAUAAUGCAUUACCUUUGUUACUUUCUGCAUGCCAACACAUCAGCACUUACAUAAGAGAAAGUCAACCUGAUAGCAAAUGCAAAAGAAACCUUCAACAAAUAAGAAUAAGAUCUAGCUUGUUAUUGGGCGAUCAAGCAUCCUCUUUUCUCACAGUUGACUUCCAUGAUCAAAAUUAUUUUCCAUGAAGUUUAACCCUACUGUUUUCUAGUAUUAUUAUUUGCAUUGUCUGCUAAAUGAUGGUGAAAUAUUUAGAAGUUUGCCAAAUGUCAUUGUCCACAGAUUUUUUUUUUGUUUGAAAUUGCUAGGUACAAUUUAAACAAAAAAAACACAAAAAAGUGGUAGUGUACAUCCUGUUAAAGAGAUAACUUUUGUGGGACUGUGCAUUGAAUAGAAAUAUGUAUUUGUCUGUUAAUAUUUUAUAUUACUGUACAUAGACUUUACAGCAUGUGUAGACCUCAUAUUUCUGUUUAUUUGAUACGAAAAAUGUUUUAAUGGCAUAUAUGAAAACGACUUUGCAUAUUUGUAAGAUAAAUAACUGUAUAUUUCAAUGCAUUGUAAUUGUAUCUGUAUAUUUAUAUGAUCCACCAGGCCUACCAGCGCGAUGGCAGCUAAAAUAUGAGAAAGGCCUUUUUUGGAGAUGUUUUAUGUGGAGUGUUGUACUCUGUUUGGGAUCAGUCCUGUUUGUUUGUAGAAAAGAGUGAUUCUGAGAGUAGUUGGGUUUCACAACAUAUAUCAGUUUCAUAGUGGACUUUGUUAAUUAAAAAUGUCACGUUCUUAACUUUUAAUAAUACAUGAAGCAGAAACUGCUCUAACAAUAAAUGGUUUUAUACCUUCUAGGUCAUCAAGUGAAAGCACAAAGGCCCCAUUUUAAUUCUAACUUUAUUGUACUUCAGCUGCAAGAAGUCUCUACGUGUAUGUUGUUGAAAUUGGCCCUAGUGAUAGGAUACUUAUUAUCUUAGAAAAAAAUUGUUCUAUAAGCACCUUUAUAUGAAACUAGAAUGUAAAAAAAACAAACUGUGUAUUUUGGACCAAAACUAGACUUUUAAAAUAGAUGUAAACGUAUGGACAACUGUGAUCUCUGAAAAGUGAGCAUCUCAAAACCAGGCUAAAAUUCAUAAUAAAAUCCCUCCAGUUUUGUGUGAGUACUUUUUUUUUGUACUGCAACUUUAUAAUUUCCUUUUUGAGGUAUAUAUUUCCAGUACUACAUCUGAAAUCACAAUAAACCUGUUCUCAUUCACAUAUUUUUCUGUUUCAUUUGUUAAAUGGCGAAACAUGUGAAAACACAGUAUUUCUGAAAUGAAGCAUCACCUCCAAAAUUCACCAUUUAGGUAACCAGAAGAUUGCACCUUUGACAAGAAUCUACCUAUACUCACGUUUGAUAUCUUUCACAGUGGAAAUUACAUGUGGCGAAUGUCUGUAUGAGCAUAGUCAUUAAGUUAUGAUCAUAUCCUGCUAUGUUCAAUUUUUACAUUUGGUGAUAUUAGUUUGGUCCAAUAAAAUUUGUUUUUAAUUGACUAAAUUAGAGUGAUUAAAUUAAAUGGCAAAUUUGGAAUCAAAAUAAUGAUACAAAAUGUGUUUAAGAUGAAAACUCUACCUCCUUGGGAGCUUUUUUUUGUCUUAGGUGCUCCAUAAACUUGCAAACAGACCAUGAAUUGAUUCCAUAAGUUGUUUUUUAAAGCCAAUCGUUUGUAUCCAUCCAUCAUAUCCUUUACAAAAUUGUUUUCAAACCUUAGUGAUGAAGCUGGGAAAGAAUACAACAUGCAAUAGCACAAUGACCAGAUUUGUAUGCGCUAUAACAGCAACUUGGUUGAAGUCCCAUCACCGUGUGGUUUAGAGGAAUCACUUUAGAGAUUAAACAUACAUAAAAUCGAUUUCAUAAUGCAUUUCAGGGAAUAAGGGUGGUCAAACAACAAUUUCGAUUUAUGUAAUAAUAAAGUAUUACAAAGGAAACAUUUGUAAAAAUCAAUAUUUAGUAAUAACUGUUUGAUUAGUGCCACGGUUUUAAAAAUGUGUUUAGGGUGUGAUAAUACUUUGAGUAAGAGUGCCAUUCCACUGAGUUAUGUAGAUGAAAUGUUAACAAAAAUCCACUCCUUGUGACUCAAAUGUCCAGUACUGGUGCUGAUAACAUCUAAUAAUGAUCUUUUUCUGUUAAUUUGAUAUUGUGAGUUCAACUUUGUGAUGUGAGGAUGCAAUAUGUUUCAGACAAUUCCAUUUGGAUUUCUGUGACAGUUUGUAUCUAUGGGCCUCAGUUGUGCAUGUAACAUAUUGAUAUCCGUGUGUAACAGUAGAAAUAUAUUGUUUUUCAAGAAGAAUAAUGGUGACAUUUUUUUCCAAAUUGUAAAGUGAUCAGUUUCUAUAUUGCCACUUUUACAUCCUAUGAACAUCAAUGCCAUUUAAUGUAUAUUAUCUUUGUCGAGACAAAGCCCCCAAAUGAGCCAUUACAUGCUGUUUGUCUGGACAUUGUUCCAUUUUAAAACUAUUUUUGGCUACAUUUUUCACGUGCUGUUAUCAUGGUAUUACACAACUCUUUUGUA